AUGCGCCCACCACGUCGUAUGCAAGACCUCGACCCAAAGCAUUAUCCCCUUGCGACUACCCCCACGCCUGCCCACCUCCGGCAGAUCUUUUUCGAGAUAGAAGGAAAGCAAACGGUCUUUCGUGAGGCCAAGGAUACAACGCUGGCUUUGGAACAGAUGGAAGUCGAGCAACGGACGCUUCGCAACGCAAACGGAACGAUUCGAACGGUUGAAACAUUCCGGCCCUGGACAGAGACCCCUGGUGAUGUUUCAACUCCCACGUAUCCACAAACUCGUGGUCAGAAACGACCGGCUUCUCCAGAAUCCAUUGCCGACGACGAAGAACAUACCUCCUCGCCUACCCUACCCCCCGUGUCCAGCAUUUCUGCACAAUCCAUUGACCUAAGUGUGAGGGCGGGUACAGGCCUCCCUCGACUACGCAUACAUGACGUGCAGGGUUCGCACCCUGUAACGCCAGACAGUCUUACCAGACCUCCCAGAGCAAGCCGUCGACGUGUGCCUCUAAGCACAAUCAACGCAUGCAGAAGCACCAAUACACUCCUCCCAUCUCCGAGCGUGGAUUACCGGACGAGUUUGCCGACUCCUCGUCCGCCUAGGCCUGGCGAUGAACAGCCACCAAUUCUCGACGAUGACUCCAAUAGCUCCACCGACCGGACAGUGGUCGCUCCCAUACAACGACGAGGCUCUUCACAGGACAGCGCAGUUCCCACACCUCCAGUCGACGAGGAGGCUGGGCCCAGUCAGCCGAGACCACCGAGCAGACGAGCAUUAUCAUCCGUGCCGUCGCGGCUACACGUUGCUGGAAGCCCAUCAGCACAUGAUGGCAGCCUUCCUAGUCCGAGCCUGUCUCCCGUCACGGCCGCAGCAACACUGCAAAACUCUGGGUACUUCGCGGAUGUCGAUGCUACCUCUGAGAUGGCUUCGCAGCAUCAAAUAGGCUCGAGAGGCUCUACUGCUGAAGUACGGCCAUCCAACCCCUUUCGACCCUUGCAAGUCCUUGACGUUGACUCUCGACUCUCCUCUCGGCCGUCAGCUCCAUUUAUGUCCGGAUCUGUAACAGAUCUGCCUGCUAUGCUCGACUAUUUUGAGGCUAUCCCUGACGAGCUCAAAAGCUAUGUCAUGCAUCAAUUACUUCGCCGAUGUCCCAAGCCCACGCUACAAGUGGUUGCAGAUGCUGUCAACCCAGCAUUGAAGUGUGACUUCUUGACGAUCCUUCCUCCGGAGUUGGCACUCAACAUACUCAAAUACCUCGACUUCAAGAGCUUAUGCAAAGCAGCGCAGGUGUCCAAAAAGUGGCGUCAGAUGAUCAACAGCGACGAAAGAGCCUGGAAGGAGCUUUUCGAGGCGGACGGAUAUACUCUGGCCAAAGGCGAGUUGCAAAAGGCGAUCUCUGAAGGUUGGGGCUGGCAAGACCCUGUCGGUCCACAUGGUUAUGAGGAGAAUCUCAUCUACACCAACAACCCCAAGCCCGAAUCAGAGGCCAACAACUCCCCGAGCCCAUCAACCCCGCCUUGUCAAAACAGAUUCAGUGGUAUCCUCCGUCGCUCAAAGCGCAAGGCUGCCACGAUGCUGUCGGGGCGCAACAAGCAGGUGAAACGCAAGGACUCUUCACGUGACUGCUCCAAUGACGUCAUGUCUGCUGACUGGAUGCAACGCAUGUCGUCGGCCGAAGGGCCUUAUAAUGCGGCUAAUGCGGCAAUGUUGGCAGUGCCGCAGCCAAAUGUUGGACUGCCGAGUCUGAAGGGCCUUCAUCUCUACAAGUCGCUGUACCGAAGACAUCAUCUCAUCAGGCGCAACUGGAUGUUUGAAGACACGAAACCACAGCACCUGGCUUUCCGUGCGCAUGAUACGCACGUGGUCACGUGCCUGCAAUUCGAUAGCGACAAGAUCCUGACGGGCAGCGAUGAUAACAACAUCAAUGUCUAUGAAACCAGGACCGGCAUCCUCAGGGCAGUUCUAACGGGUCACGAAGGUGGAGUUUGGGCGUUGCAGUAUGAAGGAAACACGCUUGUAUCCGGCUCGACCGAUCGCUCGGUCCGGGUGUGGAACAUCCAAGAGGCUCGUGAGACCCAGGUCUUCCGUGGACACACAUCCACUGUGCGUUGUCUGCAAAUCGUCAUGCCUGUGAAAGUCGGCGAGAAUGCAGAAGGAAAGCCCAUCAUGAUGCCUAAGCAGCCCCUCAUCAUCACCGGCUCCCGGGAUUCUACGCUUCGGGUGUGGAAGCUGCCACGACCUGGAGACGCCGAAUUUAUCCAGGCCGAGAACGACAAUGAUACCGACAGCUGUCCCUAUUUUGUGCGGACGCUGACCGGCCAUCAGCAUUCGGUGCGAGCCAUCGCCGCUCAUGCUGACACUCUGGUCAGUGGCAGCUACGAUUGUACUGUCCGAGUCUGGAAAAUCUCCACAGGUGAAACCGUGCACCGUCUCCAGGGACACACGCAAAAAGUCUAUAGUGUGGUCCUCGACCAUGCUCGCAACCGGUGCAUAAGUGGCUCGAUGGACAACAUGGUAAGAAUCUGGGACCUCAACACAGGUUCCUUGAAAUAUACCCUGGAAGGGCAUACUUCUCUUGUUGGGCUGCUGGACUUGAACUGUGACAAGCUUGUCUCCGCUGCCGCCGACUCAACUUUGAGGAUUUGGGAUCCUGAAAACGGGCAAUGCAAAGCCACUCUGAGUGCACAUACAGGGGCCAUCACGUGCUUCAAGCACGAUGGGGAGAAGGUCAUCUCGGGAUCGGACCGAACACUGAAACUGUGGAAUAUUAGGACUGGCGAGUGCAUCAAAGACUUACUUUCGGACCUCAGCGGGGUCUGGCAGGUCAAGUUUGAUGAGCGUCGUUGCGUUGCAGCUGUACAGCGAGACGGGUUGACGUACAUAGAGGUUCUCGAUUACGGUGCUGCUCGCGACGGCAUACCCGAACACAACCUGGGCCGACGCAUUGUUGUUGAUACCGACGGCUUCGAGGCGGACGCGAAUAACGAUGAUGGCGACCUUUUGGAGUUGGACGGCCGUGCAGAUAUGUGA